GCCAAAACGACGGGGCGGGGCGGUCGAAACCAAGCAAAUCAGGCAACGCAAAUAUCGCCUCACAGCCUUGUUUCGUUUUGGUAGUGCUUCUCCCUUUUUUCUUUUCUUCCAUUUCUUCUUCUUCUUCACUACUACUGUCUGUCUACAGUGCAUGCGUGUAGCGGUCUUGACACAGCCGGGGGUCCAUCACUUCUUCUGCAUCCAAUAGUACUGGCAACAGUCACGCAUUCGUCAUCACAUUGUCCUUACGCAUUCGGCACAAUGGCAGUUACGUACGCGGCGGCCAUCACGACACCCAGCGGGGGACUACGACAGCCGCAGAUCCAAGCGCGGGCAUGUUCGGAUCCCGAUAUGCGAGCGUCGUUUGAAGCAGCAGCAAGAGCAGCAACAGCACCGCAGAUACGCAGUGACGGGCCGCAAAAGGCAAAGGCACAGCGGCCUGGGGCAGGUGUGCGUGCUAGGACGAGUUUCCGCGGGUGGGCCAGCAGGAAGGAGAGCAAGACUAGUCUGAAGGCUUCACAGCAACAGCAGCAGCAAGAGCAAACGAGUUACCAGCCGUACAUUGUCGAGGAGAGCCGGCCGUCAGGACAGGACUACUACUACUAUGCGCGGGCCGAGCACAAGCCCAACUCGGGCCGCGAAGAGGAGCACGUCUAUGUCGUUACGCUGAGGGUGAGCGAUGCACUGGCCAAGCCCAUGGACGAGAUGCGGAGUCGCUAUUUUCCUCGACACUUGAACCGCACGGGUGCCCAUCUCACGCUGUUCCAUGCGCUGCCCGAGUCGCACAUGGGCACGCUGGAGCAGGGGCUCGCGCAAGCGGCGCGCAGCGUGCAGCCGUUUGCCGUCUCGUCUGGCAGGCCGUUCCGCAUGCGCAAGGGCGUAGGCAUCAAUGUCGACGAAGGGUACAAGGCCAUCAAGGACGUACAUGCGGAUUUGCAGUCGCAGUGGGCGUCGUUCCUAAGCGAGCAAGAUGCUGGCGGGUUCCGGCCGCAUUGGACCGUCAUGAACAAGGUAGACGACGAGGAAAAGGUUGACGGGGCGUUUUGUACCAUUCGACAGGAGCUGUCUGAGCGCAACCAGGAAGGCCAGGCGGUAGGGUUGGAUCUGUGGAGGUAUGAGCGUGGGAAUUGGAUCUUUGCCAAGCACUAUGGAUUUGGCGAGUCUACUACCCCUACUACGCCUGGGUCGCCCGGCUUGUCGCCUCGCCAGGGCGAUCAGAGCCCUAGUAGCGGGGGGCCUCGAAAAAGACCCGGCAUGUUCAAACGCGCCAUCAUUCUCGUCGGAGGGUUUGGAACCCGUCUGAGGCCUCUCACCCUCACCUACCCCAAGCCGCUCGUCGAGUUCGCCAACAAGCCCAUGAUCCAGCACCAGAUUGAGGCUCUUGCCGAGGCGGGCGUCACCGACGUCGUCCUUGCGGUCAACUACCGUCCGGAGAUCAUGGCCGAGGCGCUCAAGACCUACGAGAAGCAGUACAACGUCAGCAUCACAUUCUCCGUCGAGACAGAGCCCCUUGGUACCGCCGGUCCCCUGAAGCUCGCCGAGAACGUCCUAGGCAAGGACGACUCGCCCUUCUUCGUCCUCAACGCCGACGUCACCUGCGACUACCCCUUCAAGCAGCUCGCCGAGUUCCACAAGAGCCACGGCGACGAGGGUACCAUUGUUGUCACCAAGGUCGAGGAGCCGUCCAAGUACGGUGUCGUGGUGCACAAGCCCGGCCAUGCCUCCAAGAUUGAUCGUUUCGUCGAGAAGCCUGUCGAGUUUGUUGGCAACCGCAUCAACGCCGGUAUCUACAUUCUCAACACCAGCGUGCUCAAGCGCAUUGAGCUCCGCCCUACGUCGAUUGAGCAGGAGACUUUCCCCGCCAUUGUCAAGGAUGGCCUGCUGCAUUCAUUCGACCUCGAGGGCUUCUGGAUGGACGUUGGACAGCCAAAGGACUUUUUGUCGGGUACCUGCCUCUACCUCUCGUCGCUUGCGCGCAAGAACUCGAAGCUGCUCACGCCUGCAUCGGAGCCCUACGUCUACGGCGGCAACGUCUUGAUUGACCCCUCCGCCAAGAUUGGCAAGAACUGCCGCAUUGGACCCAACGUCACCAUCGGCCCUGAUGUUGUCAUUGGCGACGGUGUGCGUCUGCAAAGAUGUGUCCUCCUUAAGAACAGCCGUGUCAAGGACCAUGCCUGGGUCAAGUCGACCAUUGUUGGCUGGAACAGCACUGUCGGCAAAUGGGCGCGUCUCGAGAACGUGACGGUUCUUGGUGAUGAUGUCUCCAUCGGCGACGAGGUCUACGUCAACGGUGGCUCCGUCCUGCCGCACAAGUCGAUUAAGCAGAAUGUCGACACCCCUUCGAUCAUCAUGUAGACACGAUACCCGAUCGGAUACGGCCGACCUCUACCCUUUUUAAUACUGUGUACCUUCUUGUAUAUUCUGCAUACCACCGGGCAUAUAGAGUGCAUGGGUCUUUUUUCCUCUGCAUGGGCGUCCAUCUUCUUUUGAGCAUAUGGUUUACGAAAGAUGAAAGAAAAAGCGUCAAAGGAAAACGGGUGGGAUGCUUUUUUUCAUUUCACAAACAUUCUUAUUUGGGUUCUUUUGGUUCAGCGUCGGGGUUUUUUGGUAGCGAAGAGAGCCAUGUUUCAUGCAUGAUUAGCAAGAGAGGGGGUUGUGAGUUUACACAUGGUGGGCAUAAAUGAAAUGCAUAUCAUUGAUGUAUGUUGAUUGAGUUGGAGAUGUAUCAUCAAUCUGGGUCUUUUUUUUCUCCCCACUCUUGGAUGUUUUGCUGUAGUAGACGUAGCACAGACGUAUAUCCUCACUCUUAUUCACGAU